CCCCUCAUUUUCGACUCCCCCUUCUCCUCCUUCUUCCAAGUUCAAACCUCACCGUUUUAAGUUGUAACAUCUCUCCUAACGCUGCAUUCAGUAGAAAUUGAAUAGUAUAAAUUCCACACUGCACCGUAAACAACCCUGAACGACGCGUUUUUUUAAUCUUUCUUGUAUUUAAAGCCCUUCUCUUCUGUGGAAAAGUAAAAGUAAAACGUGUCGGCGUCAUCUUUUAGAAUUUUAGGGUCCCUUUUUAACCAGUUUAUUGUUUGAUUGAUGAUUGAUGAUUGUUGAUUGUCGAUUGGUGAUUGAUGAAAGGUGCAGCUACCUUCAUAGAUAAGAGACACUCAAUAGUCACUACUCCACUACCACUACCACUGCCACCCCCUCUCUUUAUUUCCCUUAGCUACUCAUUUCUUGGUCUUGUCCAUUUUCUCAAGAAUUCCAUCUUUUUCUUUCCUUUUCUUCUCUGCUCCUUGUUCAGUAUUAAACUGGUGUUGCUUGAAACCUCUAGACUGCUUUCUACUGUUACCAGAAUGGAAAGAAUGCACAUCAUCAGUUUCUCUCUGCUAGCUCUCCUCCUCAUGCUACCUUCCACCAAUCCCUUGCCCAUUCCAAAAUCAAGAACACUCUAUGAGAUCGCAUGCACAAUGUGCUCCUCAUGUUGCAACCCAGUGCCAUCUCCGCCUCCACCGCCCUCACCCUCUCCACCACCACCAUCAUCCACCUAUAACUGCCCACCCCCACCUUCUCCACCCACUUCAUCGGGCUCUUACUACUACUCUCCCCUGCCACCUUCCACUUACACCUACUCCUCUCCACCACCACCACAGGGUGGAGGAGGAGGAGGCGGCCACAGUUACUAUUACUAUCCUCCACCAAACUAUAAGAACUACCCUACACCCCCUCCUCCUAACCCAAUUGUGCCUUACUUUCCUUUCUACUAUUAUAGCCCACCUUCCAUGUCUGGGUGUGUGAAGCUGAUGGGUUCUAUUAGUUACAGUAUAGUUGUUGUGGCGAUGUUUUUACUUGCUUUGUUUUGAUAGAAAUUAUAAGGAAGGUAAAGAAAUUGAAAUAAUGUGGCAGAUUGGCAGAUCUGGUGAUUUGCAGAUGAGAUGAGAAGUGAAAGACUGAAGAAAAACGCCCCUCUUUUAUUUCCAAUUGAGGCUGAGGAAGAGCACAUCACAGAAACAGCCAUGGAAGUAAUAAUUCAAAUUCUCUCUUGAUGUUGAGUGAUCUGUAAUUUGUUAACAAUUUGUACCUAUAUUUGUUCUUCUUUUCCUUCGCAUUAAUUAAUAAUUUCUUCAGCUUAA